AGAGAUUGCCCAAAUCGCUUCGCUCCUCUCUCUCUCUCUGUAUGGUCACCGCCACUUUCCACCUCUAGUCCUUGCACGCGACCAUGGCGGUUCGAGCGAUGAACACCUACUCAAUCUUCCGCUCCGUUCCUUCUCCGCCUCUAGCUGCUCUCGGAUCCUGCCUCCACCACUUCACAGCGUCCCAGUGGCGCCCGCACGCCAAAAUCGGGUUUCGGCUUCCGAAUUUCAGGUCCGGCCAGGCCGGCCUCCUCGGUUAUGGCAGUGUUCGGAGCUAUUCAUCAGAGAGCCUCGUGGAAUCUGUCAUGGAAGAGCUGGGUUCCUUACGCAAACGGAAGAGAAUUUGUGCGAGUGCCAAAGUGGGACUAACAAACAGUGGGGAGCUUUUGGAAGAUAAACUUGAAAGGAAAGCAUUGCAAAAAGGGUUACUGCUGGAGUUCAAGAAAGAUUCCGAAAGGGUAUUGCUUGCAGUUGCUCAGAGACCUGAUGGCAAGAAAAACUGGAUGGUCUCCGAUCAGAAUGGUGUCACAACCUCAAUUAAACCACAACAAGUAACUUUUAUUGUUCCUGGUGCUGAAAAUUUUGACCACAAAGAAAUAUCAGAUUUUAUCGAGAAAGCUCAAAAUAAUUUGGAUCCUUCAUUGCUUGAGUAUGCCUGGGUUGAGCUUCUUGAAAAGAAUAAGUCAGUAACAGUUAUGGACUUAGCUGAGAUGAUUUUUGGUAGUGCGGAGCCUCUUGAGAGCUAUUGUGCUCAUCUUUUGCUCUCGAAAGAUGAAAUUUACUUCACUGUCCUAGAAAGCAAAGGUUCAUUUUCUUUUUAUGGGCCUCGGCCUGCCUCUCAGGUUGAAGAACUUCUACGUAGAAAGCUUGCUAAGGAGACUGCUGAGAGGGAAUUUGAGGAGUUUGUGCAGUUACUGAAGUCUGCCAAGUCGAUGCCACCUCAUGCUAAACCCUCCAAAUCUUCAUGGGAGGUUGAGGAAAAUAUACGCAACAGAAUCAAAUCUCUUGAAAAUUAUGCCAUUGAUGCUUGUGAAAAUGGCGAGCAAAAGAAGACUGCUGGAAUGAUCCUGAGAGCACUGGGACUGUCAAAGACAUCAGCUUCAGCAUUAAAUCUCCUAAUAGUUAUUGGAUAUUUUCCUGUACAUGUCAAUCUUGAUCUACUAAAGUUCAACAUUCGUACUGAUCAUUCAGAUGAGAUUAUAUCAGCUGCUGAAUGUCUUCUGUCAGGGUCAUCAGAUCCAGAUGAAGUUGACAGAAUUGAUCUAACCCACCUGAAAGUUUAUGCAAUUGAUGUAGACGAGGCUGAUGAGCUUGAUGACGCAUUGAGUGCAACAAGGCUGAAUGAUGGUCGUAUUAAGGUUUGGAUACAUGUUGCAGAUCCAACUAGCUUAGUUCAACCUAGAAGCAUAGUAGACGGAGAGGCCUUGAAAAGAGGAACAUCUGUUUUCUUGCCCACUGCUACUUAUCCAAUGUUUCCUGAGAAACUUGCUAUGGAGGGAAUGAGCUUGAAGCAAGGAAAGCUUUGCAAAGCUGUUACUGUAUCAGUUGUAUUGCAUUCUGAUGGCAGUAUUGCAGAAUACUCUGUGAAUAAUUCUAUUAUCAAGCCUACAUAUAUGCUGACAUAUGAGAGUGCCUCUGAGUUACUUUAUCUGAACCUGGAGGAGGAGGUUGAACUAAGAAUUCUAUCUGAAGCUGCAGCUCUGAGGUUGCAAUGGCGUCGCGAACAGGGUGCAAUUGACACAGCCACACUCGAGACACGAAUCAAGGUGGUUAAUCCAGAUGAUCCUGAGCCAUCAAUCAAUAUAUAUGUUGAAAACCAGGCAGAUCCUGCAAUGCGACUUGUCUCUGAGAUGAUGAUACUAUGUGGAGAAGCUGUAGCCACUUUUGGCUCUUCUAAUAAUAUACCAUUGCCUUUUAGGGGACAGCCUCAAUCAAACAUUGAUGUGUCCGCAUUUUCCCAUCUACCUGAAGGACCUGUUAGGAGCUCAGCAAUUAUUAAAAUAAUGCGUGCUGCUGAGAUGGAUUUCAGGAAGCCUAUACGCCAUGGGCUUUUAGGGAUCCCGGGUUAUGUUCAGUUUACAUCUCCUAUUCGGCGCUAUAUGGAUCUUCUUGCUCAUUAUCAGGUGAAGGCAUUUCUUAGAGGUGAUUCUCCACCUUUUUCAGCUGGUCAGCUUGAAGGAAAGGCAUCAGUAAUAAACAUGAACACUAGAAUAAUCAGGAGAGUUUGCAGCAGUAGUCUUUGGUAUUGGAUAUUAGAAUAUUUGAGAAGGCAACCAAAAGAAGCCAGAUUUCGUGCUUUGGUCCUCAGAUUCAUCAAAGAUAGGCUUGCAGCCAUAUUAUUAUUGGAUGUCGGGACUCAAGCUUCUGCCUGGGUUUCAGUCGGGGUGCAGAUAGGUGAUGAAGUAAAAGUUCAGGUGGAAGAAGCUCAUCCGCGCGAUGAUGUUCUUUCUCUCAAGGAGGUUGUUCAAGUGGUAUAAAGCAAAAUUCAUUUACAGGCACUCCAUGUUAGACAAAUGCCCUCUUGAUCCCACUAAAGAUUUGUUUACCACCAGUAAAAGAGUGCUUGGAUUUCAAUGUCUAUACAGCAGCCCAUUCUGUUGUUACUGCAUUGAAAAUGACAAUUCCCAUUAUCUGGCGAGUGCAUAUUGCAAUGUGUGAGGCGGCAAGCUGGACCUCCUGUGAAGCAGCUGGAAGUCCAGAUAAUGGGACUGCCUUUUCUAUUGUUGGACAAAGUUAACAUGUCCAGGACAGCAUUUGCGGAAUGGACCAGCGAAGCCAUUUGCUUAACUUGUAUAUGUUGUUCAAAUUGCCUUCUACUUUUGCAACGAUGAUCAGGAUACUGAAAGGUUGACGGGCAAUAUGAUUGAUCGUUCACAAGGUGUGAUGACAAAGUUGGUGAAGUUUAAUAGUUUCCUCUUGAUACGAGGGAUGUGAGGCUUUUAUAUUUUUGUUCCUCCAAUACCUAUAUUCUUUUUCUUUUUUUAUUGGGGCCCAGAGGGGGAAGGGGGUUGGAGUAAUGGGAGUUGAGGUAGGGUUUUUUUUUUUGGUGUCCUUUUUUCUUUUUGUUGCAAAGAGGAAAAUUACCAAUUAAUGGAUGCUGAUUAUCUUUCCAUGUGAAAAUAUAUUAUCCAUAACCAGCAAUGAAUAUAUAUCAUUCAAUCA